ACGCCUACAAAACCGAAGGGGGUAGGGUGAAAAAAAAAGCUUGUUUGUUGAGGGGCGUGUCCCCUCGGCAGCUCAGUCAGUCGGCCGCCGCGGUCGUGCGCAGUCGUCCCAUCUGUCAAAGUGACAGCCGCGUUCCAAAUUUGAAUUACAAACUGACAUGCAUAAAUCGAUGUUGAAAGUGAGCUGUGUAUCGACUGUAUAAUAAAGACAUUGAGUGAUAUUGACUUGAAUUGAGUUAUCAUGGCUUUUGAAGACCGCUGCAGUCCGAAUCAGGCGAACAGUCCGGGGCCGGUGGCUCGCGUACCGGCUCCGCAUGCGGAGAACUUGGGGUCCUACUGCCAACCUAGUCAGUAUACCUGCACGACUAUUGAACCGAGGUACGAACGCAACACUCCAAUGACUAUCGUCAAGGUCCAACCCAAUUCGCCGCCACCAAGCCCUCAAGAAUACCAGAACUAUUACAGACCCGAAACGCCAGAUGUCAAGCCUGUCAUCAACCAAGAUUUCGACCCGAAAUUGAAUCAAACACAACAACCGACCCUACCCAUCAACUUCUCCAUAAGCAACAUCCUACACCCUGAAUUCGGUUUAAACGCUUUAAGAAAAACGAGCAAGAUCGAAGGACCAAAAUCCGUCGGGCCUAACCAUAGCAUCCUCUACAAACCUUACGAUUUAUCGAAGCAGACUGACUUCCAGAAGUACAGCUUCGACUAUUUAAAGUCUAAAGAGCCUGACUUUAACAGAUUGCCGCCUUUGGGUGGUUUAAGGCAGACUGUUUCGCAAAUUGGGGAAGUGCAAAAGGAGAAAGAAAUUCCGAAGCCGGUUGAGGCUAAGAGGCCAGAUUCAGCCAGUUCCAUAGUAUCGUCAACAUCCAGUGGAGCUCCAUCUACAUGUGGCAGUUCAGAAGCGAAUAACCAAGGAAACUCUACUCUGUGGCCUGCGUGGGUGUACUGCACGAGGUACAGCGACCGACCUAGCUCAGGCCCCAGAAGCCGAAGAAUGAAAAAACGCGAAAUUCCUGAAGAGAAGAGACCGAGAACCGCUUUUAGCGCAGCGCAGCUCGCUAGACUAAAGCACGAGUUCGCGGAGAACCGCUACCUGACCGAGCGGCGGCGGCAAGCUCUCGCCGCGGAGCUCGGUCUGGCUGAAGCCCAGAUCAAGAUCUGGUUCCAGAACAAGCGAGCCAAGAUCAAGAAGGCCUCGGGACAGAGGAACCCGCUAGCCAUGCAGAACCCUCUACAGGGGCUGUACAAUCACAGCACCUCGACCGAGAGCGAUGAGGAGGAGGAGAUUAGUGUUACGUAGGAAGGAGUUCUGUAGUUGGGGAUACUGUAUAGACAACUGCUAACCUUCACUAGUUAGAGAAGCAUCUGGAGAAGAAGAAUAGACAAAUAUAGUUCUAGGAGCUACCUUAGGGAGGCUUGAAACGCGAUCAUAUUUGAAAAAUGAAAAUGGCCAAGGAUUGGAUGGUCUGUUCAAAAUAUCAUAAUUAUUUUUUAAUAAGGCGUCAAGGGUUCUUUUUAUUACAAUUGAUUGUUAAAGAUCAUUAAAAACUGAAAAAUAAAGUUAAAUGUAAUUGACAAUAUACUUAAGCACCAAUUUAGUUUUUGUAAAAGUAGUUUCAUGUAUUAAGGUACUUCCGUUUUUCGUUUUGAUAGAAAAAUAGCUCCUAUAAUUAUGGCAAAUUUUUGCCAACUUGUUUGGCCAGACCGCCAUUAAAAUUAAAAAAAAACCGGCCAAGUGCGAGUCGGACUCGCGCACUGAGGGUUCCGUACUUUUUAGUAUUUGUUGUUAUAGCGGCAACAGAAAUACAUCAUCAGUGAAAAUUUCAACUGUCUAGCUAUCACGGUUCAUGAGAUACAGCCUGGUGACAGAGAGACAGACAGACGGACAGCGGAGUCUUAGUAAUAGGGUCCCGUUUUUACCCUUUGGGUACGGAACCCUAAAAAUGAAGCAGCUCCUCUCAUUAAAGUCAUUUAAAAUAAUGUUUACUAAUAGCUCAAGCUCAAACUUGCGGAGGCUGAUUCUAAAUCCUAACUACAUCAUUAAUAUCAUUAUAUGUUUGUACAAACAUAAAGAAAAUACUUGAUGUAAAUAAAACACCAUUGUUUUACAGUUACAUAAAAUCACUUUAGAAAUAAUUAGUGCUAUCAAAAAUGUUCCUGUAUUUUACAAUUAAAAUAAGAAAAUUAUUUAUUUGUCUUCAUAAUCAUAGCAUUGUGAAUAGUAGGGCUUGUAAUAAUAAAUUAUUAUAGAUAAUAAUAUGCCAUUAUACUGAUAAUUAAUAAGGAUAGAAGCAAAAACGUGGCAUUUCCAUUUUUGGGAAUUUUCAGUUACGAUGUUAUUGCUUUACGCCGAUAUUAAAUUAUAUUUUAGACUUAUACAUAAUCUUGUCUGACUUCUUGUGUAUAUCUUUAAGAAAAACCUUUUAGGUACCUACUUAAUACUUUUAGCUGUCAGUUAUAUUGUAAGUUAGUAUAAAACAACAUGUUUUAUUAAAAAUCGCGAAUACCAGAUUGUGACACUUUUUGCGAAACCAUUUUUUACAAAUUUUGUUUUCAUCUUGCACUGUUUUAUAAUUUUAUAAAACACAAAAUUUCAAUUAAAGAUGCGAUAUCUAACCAAAUAAUUAUAAGAAUAAAUAAAAUUAUAGAAAAUAAAAGUCAAUCAACGCAAGUGACAAAAUGAAAAAAUAAAUAAAAACAUAAAUAAAAAGUUUAAGCGUAGUUUUAGACAUCAUAUUAUUUAUAGUAUUUUUAAGCAUAAGCUACGCUAAAAACUAGCCUAUUUUUAGAUUUGUGUGUCUUUGCCAUUACAAUAUCUUGCCUGUUUUCGUAAAAUCUUAAUAGUUAUUUAAGAUACAAGUGCGAAUUACCUAUUCGCACGUGCAUCGUACAACGUUUUACAGUAUACAAGGCCCUUUAAAUUUUCGACGUAGUUACGUAAUGUGCUUAUUGUAGCUCAGGGUGUCGUAAUGGAGCACCAGUCUUUAUCACUUGUGCCGUUGACUGUACUUUUUAAUUUAAUGAACUUAGUCACAUUUCUUCCAUUUUCGUUUGUAAAUAUUAAUUUUAAAUUAUCUAUUGGAUGUUCGGUCUUGACUGUUUUAGUUUUAAGUGUAAAAAGUAAUAAAUUAUAUCUAUGGUUUUCAAAUUAAA